GGGGGUCUGAAAAUCCAUCAUUUGGCUGGACAUCCUUUGUGAAUGGCCCCUAAUGUAGAACUGAAUAAAGUACUCUACAACAAAUAAUAAAUAUAUAUACGGCAUAUAAUAAAUAUAUAUAUACGGCAUAUAAUAUAUAUCGGCAUAUAAUAUAUAUACAAAACCUAAUAUAUUUGGUGCACUGCAAUGGCUCACAUAGCGAUGCACUCAUUAUGAAAACCUUUGAAUCGAAAAGUGUCAUAACUUUUUUAGAUCUGACAAUGUAUUGCUGCCAAAAACACCAUCGAAAAAACGCCAUCGUAGGAUCAUCCGAGAUCGUCACAACCAGGAAAACAUCGAUCCGAACAUCCCACCCAAAGCGUCGGCGGAAGAACCCUCUCCUGUGAAACGAACCACGCGAAGCUCGAGACGAAAUAACCCAGCUCCAAGCCAAGUAAAACCAACAAAGAAACAAAACUCUAGGGGCCGACCAAAGAAAGCUGAACAACCCAAAGUCGCUUUUGUCAGUGAGAGUAAAGUACAGGUAGUUACUGAAGUGAAGUCACCGCCAGCCAAAGUUUGCACCCUUAAACGGACAUCGUCAACAAGUCCAGUUUUGAUCAAGCCAGUCAAAAAGAAAUCAAAGUCUAGUGAUGAGUCGUCGUUACUUGACGAGGACAGUUCGCUAAAGAAACAGACUUCGACACCGGUUAAUGCUGAACCUCUGCAAAUGCUCUCGUUAAGCUCGAUUGCUGAUGACUCCGAUACUAAAGCCGAUGCUAACGAGCUCGUUAAUGUUGCGGACAAAGAUGAAACAAAUUUGCUUAAGUCAUAUGAAUUGAAAGCUGUCAAAAUGGAUGUUGAUAUUAAGGGAAAAAAUGAACCGCCGACUGGUAUACUUGUGGAAAUUGACAUGAAAGACGAGGAAAGGGGUGGAGUCACUUUCGUUCCUAGCCCUCCACCUGUUAUAAAGAUUCCAGUUGUACCACCAACAGGAAUUUUGGUAAACAUUAACGACACUCUUCCGGCCACUAACAAGAUUGUUGACAAAAUUACUAACGAAGCUGUUGCCGAAUCCCCUGUAAUUAACGAGACCCCUGGAAAAAUUGUUAACAAGACCAUCGUUAAGGAGACCCCUGAUAAAAUUACUAACAAUGUAGUUGUUAACGAGCUUAAUAUUAACAUGUUUCCUGCGCUGAUGAGUGAGUCCGAUAAUGAACACGUUAAGGAUGAACAAUUGAAUUCUGCAUCUGUUGUGCAGUUAGGGACAGAUUUGGGUAGCCCUGUACAGCAACUACGCCGUAGCAAGCGGCUAUCGAGGCAAAUUAAUGCUGACGAGCUUGUUGCCGAGCCAUUACUCAAGCAGAAGAAACAAGUGGACAAGCCAAUAUCCGUCGAGAAACCGACUUCCGAUAGCCAGGACGAGGCCCCAACCCAAAGUGUGGUAUUGGACACGCCCGAAUCCAAACCAGUAAGGCGUAGCAGUCGGCGCAUUAGCGUAGUGUCGACAGGGUAUAAAAGGCAAUCGUCCCGCAGAUCGAGCCAUCAGCCGGGUUAUUUCAGGAAACCUGUGACAAUGAAACAAAUCGAGGUUCAUUUACAUGAUGUUGGUAUUAACGAGGUCGUCAUUAAAUCAGAGCCGAGUGCUACACCUGAAUUGCAUAAAGCAGUGUGUUCAGGUAGCGAGCAUUCGUCGGCAGAAUCCGAAGAUGAUGCUGUUAGUUCAAUUCCUCGCUCGAAUAUCCCACAUCAGAGGUAUGGUUUUAGUAUCACAAUUUGAACGUCAAUGUACAGGGGCGGGUCUAACCCCGCCUGCAAGGAGGGGUGCAGGUUUUCCAUGGGGUGGUGCAUGAGGGAGCCUUUCUGCCCACUCUCCUCUGCAGUCUGCAACGCUACUAUCCCAACAUUACCAUUAUUUGAGAUGGCCGAAUCUGCAUGUUCACCGUUCUGUUACGUUUUACAUUAUCUUUUGUUUAUAAAGUUUAUAUCGGCUUUUUAUCACGUAUGCGUGACUGGACAGUUGCUGUAGCACAGUACAGUAAAUUUGCUAGUUAAAGUACAGUAUAUUUGAAAAUAUGACUGUAUAACAACCUCAACAUGCUUAUAUAUAUAAUAACCAUGAUAUUGAACUAAAGCAUUCUGAGUAUUUUCUUGUGAGCUCACAAAUCAAUCGAAUCGUUUCAAGAAAUCGACACGCACUAACAGUAGAAGUUCCGCUAAUCGCUAUUCGAAAAGCAGAAAAUGUAUAGUCAAACAGAUUUUUUUAAGGUGGUGCUGGAUUUCUGUAGGGGGGGGGGGAGGGGUGCUAUACACCACUAGGUGGGGUGCGCCCCCCCCCCCCCAACAUUACGUAAGCCAAUGCCGUUGCGUCAGACAAUAUAUACCCUAUACUUUCCUGUUCUUAUAUAUUACUUUGUUUCCUAAUUCUAGCGCCAAGACAGAUUCCUCAAGUGAUGAACCUUCAGUAAGUUUAGUUUUUAAUAAAAUUUUUCGUAUCUCUGAGCAUGGAUAAUAAAAUAAAUGGAUAGGACUCUAGCUGACGUCACAGUCCAAUCUGUGAGGUCGCGCGUAUUGCCAAAAUUCUCGGCAUUUUUGUUGUUUCGCUAUAUUUCCGCUUUAAAAGAGUAAUAUUGAAGCAUAAACUGGUCUAAUUGUUUUAAAAACAUGCCUAAGCCACAACAAAGUAUUCAAGGUAAAUGUUUUUCGUCUUUGUUUUGUAUUUUUUUACAUUCCAGGUGAUCUCGUGUUCGUAUUUUAGCCAAUCAGCGCUCAGAAAGGGAUGUCCGAAUAGAAAUUCAUUUUGAUGUUUUCAGUCAAUUAUAUCUUUCGUUGUUCUUUAUGAAACUAGUUGAAAUUUUGUAAUUAUGUUUGGUUAUGAGAACUCUAGCUCUGACAAAAAAUAUGGAAUCGAAAUAAAAUAUAUUACAGGAGAUAUUCAGUUGUUUUAAUCAUAAAAUGGAUUUCUAUUUGACAACUAGUACCAGUACUUCUCUGCGUAUCAAGAUCAUCUGGUUUGAAGCUACGAAAUUAGCGUCACAAAUUUUAACGAAAUUUGCGAUGCAUUUUUCACUGUUUAGUGCUUGAAAUAUUUGCUAAAAUUGACUGGAAAUACUUCGAGAUUUCAUCGUAGAAUGGCGUAGUUAUAUUUAUUUGCUCUUUGACUAAAAUGUUUAGCUGUAUUAUUGCUAAACAUGCCGUUUUUGAGAAUUUGGUUUGCAACUAGGUUUCAACAUCCAAUCGCGCCAUCAUCCCAUUGAAAACAUUAGGUCACGUCAGCUAGUUUCCUAAAUUCCAUUUAUUUUAUUAUCCAUGCUCUGAGGAUGGUUCUGAAAUAGAAUUGAAACACUGCGCGUCCUCUAAGACAAGCGUUAAGUCGUCACGAAAUUAUUUCGUGCACUUAAAUUGGAUAAGACGCGGUACCAAUCCCCGUUGACUCGAUAACUCAAUGGGUAGAGCGGCGGUCUAGAUUACCCGAAGAUGCGAGUUCAAAUCCCCCUCGAGCCAUCGAAUUUUUCGUUUGUCGAUUGCAGUGUCAGAAUAAUAUGAAACUGGGUUUUUUAAAUAAAAUAAGCACAAAGAAAACCUAAUCCAUUUCAGUACAGGGUGUAUAGAAAAACCUGCACAGUUCGAAAAUGCAAAGUUUAAUAAUAAUAAUAAAUACUUUAUUUAAACUGUUAAAAAUCCCAUCAGCAAUGCUGCUGGUGUUAACGGGAGAACAGUGAUUGCAAUUAUCAACGAUUGCAUGUAUACAAUAUAAACAUGCAUCCUAAAUACUACAAAUAUGAGAAUUGUUGUCAAGUUCUAAAAGAUGCGCGUAAACAGUACGUUUAAAUUUUGAGAGUGAUAUCAAUGCUCUAAUGUUUAAUGGUAGAGAGUUCCAGUCUUUAUCACUAGCAUACUUGAAAGUAGAUUGACCUAUUGCACUGUUCACCUUCGGAAAAUCAAGCAGCGUCUUAUCCCUCAGGUCUCUGUUGUGCAUGCAACGUCUGAAUUUGAACGUAUCUCUCAAUUGACUGGGGCAGUCCAAGUUGUACAAUAUCUUGAAAAUACACAUAAAGCGUAAAAAUCGUCUCCUGCUGUGCAAUGUCAGCAGCUUUAGUUCGCUGCGCAUCUCUUGAGAGCAUUUUUCGCCUUCCUUUGUGAAGGAUAAUCGUCAAAGCACGAUUCUGCAGUUUCUCGACCCACCUCGUUUGGAUUAUUCCACACUCAUGCCAAACAGUCGAACCAUAGUCCAAGAUGGGUAGCAUAGUUUGUUUGUAGAUACGGAGUAAAAUUACGGAGGGCAGAAAUGAUGAUAUGCGAUUGAGUAAGCCAAGUUUUGGAUACAAGCGUUGACAUAUUCUGCUAACAUGCUUUUCCCAUGACAGAAUGUUGCUUAUAUUCGAACACCGAGAUAGUCAAAUGUAGUCACAACAUCAAGGAUCUCAUUGUCCAGAUAGAUUUCAAUAUCAUUUGCCCUUUUCAGUGCAUGCCAUUUGUCAAAACCGCUUGGGGUCUGAGCACUAGUAUCUUUACCACUCAAAUCAAUCUCGUUCCCCGAGCCUGCGAUCCUUGGGAAGGAAUCGAAGGCUCUGGGAUAAUCCGUUACCGGAAGCCAAGAAUCCUGGCUAAGAUUGAACUACGCAUUCCAUUUCAAUGGCCAAUCAGAUUCCUCCCUGAAACGGAUUAUCCCAGAGCCUCGCGUUCCUUCCCGAGGAUCGCAGGCUCGGGGAACGAGAUUGCACUCAAAUGAUUUUGAGAAGUAAAUUUACGAGUGCAGGGGCACAAAAGUGGAAGGUUGAAGAAUGAAGGAAAACGCAAUUUGAAUGGACCAAUUAUCCCCAAUUAACCAAAAUUUUGAACUCAACAAGUUUAGACAAAAAUUUCAUCACAGCUUGAAAGAGCAUCACAAAAUUAGUAAUAUUCCGAAGUUUCGUUGCAAAAUGUUGUAAAAUACGGAUAAUAUAGCCCUGCGAAGUUUGCCGUUUUUCAGUCAUUUUGUAUUACGCGCGGGAAAUUGAUAAACCGCUUUCCGAAAAAAGGUAUCAAUUUCCCGCGCGUAAUACAAAAUGACUGAAAAACGGCAAACUUCGCAAGGCUAUAUUAUCCGCAUUUUACAACAUUUCGCAUGGAAACUUCGGAAAGUUACUAAUUUUAUGAUGCUCUUUCAAGCUGUGGUGAAAUGUUUGUCUAGACUUGUCUAGAUCAAAAUUUUGUACAGUGAAUUCAUUUAUUCUUUUAGGAGGGUACAGUGGCUGGAAUUAUUCAAAAAUUUAAUAAAAAGAACGAACAGACAAGGUAUGUCGUUACUUUUCGAUUAGAUUUCGGGGCUUACCAGUUUUCAGGGGGCGGAUCUAGCCUCGUCUGCAAGGAGGGGUGCAGGUUUUCCAUGGUGUGGUGCAUGAGGGAGCCUUACUGCCCACUCUCCUCUGCAGUCUGCAACGCUACUAUCCCAACAUUACCAUUAUUUGAGAUGGCCGAAUCUACAUGUUCGCCGUUCUGUUACGUUUUACAUUAUCUUUUGUUUAUCAAGUUUAUACAGGGGUCGAAAUUCACGCUAUUCCGAAUAUACUAAAAUGCCUGACGGAAUAGUAAACUUCACGAUCACAGUAUUCCGUUUGUAUAGUAGAAAAAAUUGUGGUACCAAAUAUCGACAAGCAAGAGUUUUCCUCUUGUAUAAUAUAUCACUUUAUACCGGACUUUGAGCCACUGUUCCACUUCAUAGCUAAGUUUUUGUGCAGUGUUUGAACAUUGUUUUUUAUUAAUAAUUUAUUCGUCACUGCACAGAGCAAUGCACUGUACAUGUUUAUUUUUUGUUAUUCAAUUAUUCAGUUCACUUUAUAGGAGUCUCAAGGAUGAUUUCGUGAAAAUCAGAACAUUAGCGCGGAUCCUGCAUGAACAGGCUCUCAGAAACAGUACAUUAGUCAUUAAGGAAUAGUGCCGGGAUCUUCAGACGGAAGAGUAAAUAUAAAAAUCUACUAUUCCGGCUGUAUAGUGCAACAAAAUUUAAAUUUCGACCCCUGUUAUAUCGGCUUUUUAUCACGUAUGCGUGACUGGACAGUUGCUGUAGCACAGUACAGUAAGGGGCCGAUUACAUGGGCGCGUUGUCCCGGCUAAGCGAGUUGACUCGCUUUGCCGAGUUGAUCCGCUUCCUAUACAGGGUGUAUCAAAAUAAACGCAAUUCAUCUUUUGUGCUUAAUAACUUUCGAAACACUAUUUCUAGUUAAACGCUUUUAGGCUUACUUCAAAGCCUGUUCUUUUCUCUUUCAAAUAAACUAUUAUCCUUGUCUCCAAUGCUAGUAAUAAUUGCACAGGAAAAGAUUUAGUAAAACCUAUCAUUUUUAGUUGCUGUUUAAUUAUGCAAGUUUACUAUGUUAUUGUUUAGUCGGUUUAAAUGUUAGAAUUUUCUUCUUGAAACUUUAAUGUUGUCGUCACUACAUCUGGAAAACCACGUAAGAACAAAUUAAAAGUAUUUUAAAAGAGACCAGGUUGUUUGAAAAUCCUAAACGAAUGCUAAAAAUCGUCAAACAUUCUGGUGUCUGAGCCAGAGUGUCAUCGAAUUGCGAUGUAAUGUAAACAGAAAUUAUAGCAAGUUGAUGUCAGUCAGCUUAGAUGGUCCAAGCCAAAAUUAUAUCGCAUUCGAAGUUUCAAACUGAGUUAAAAAUAGUGGAAGAAAAGCCGUAAUUAUACUUAUUGUUACAAUCCAUUUAAUAAAAUGCAACAUUUGUUUGUUUUAAUGAAAAAAUCAGUUAUUUUCAUGAGAACGAUUUGUUAUUCCAUCUCAAUUUUUUAAUCUCCAAUCGCAAUAACGUAAAGUAUUAUUACCCGCGAACCAAUGAGUCAAAUUUAAGAAACAACCCACUGUUAGAAAGCUGAAUGGCUACGCUUUAAAAUGAAUGUAAACUUUAACGUUUUCGUCUAUUAUUUGUUUAGCAAUUUACAUUUCAGUCGAGGAUUGCGCUUUUUUUGAUACACCCUGUAUAUGUAUUGUCUAUUAUUUUGACAUUUCGAUUACAUGCGAAACGAGUUGUCCCGCCUUGCCGGGACAGCGGCUGUAGCUUGCCAAGUCAACUCGCUUAGCCGGGACAGAAAUUGCCCACACAUCCCAUGUAAUCGUGCCGAGUUGGUUCGGCAAAGCGGGCUGAAAACCACCCUUAUGCAUGUUUUAAUUUUGAUUAUAUGUACAAAUAUAAGUUAAAAAAAAAACUUCAAAUAACAUCAAAAUGAUAUUAAUGAACGUUUUCAAGGUUUAGAUAGGAUAAGCGACACAAUUUUGUUAGAAUACAAACAGUAUAAGCCUGUUGGGAUUAGCGCUAAGUAUAAAUACCUCAACCAACAACAUUCAGUGGGUAAAGUAGUCCUCAAAUACAACAAAUACACCAUUUUUUAUCUAUUUCUAACACCGAGUAUUAAAUUGUUAUGCAUUAUAAAUCUUAAUGAGCUACUUCAGCCCGGGUUAGCGCGGUGCAUGUAAUCGCAAUUCAAAAGUCAACUCGCUUAGAUAAACUACAUAUUAAAUAAAAUGGGUCCCAAAUCACUCGCAAAUCUAUUUUCUUAUAAAUGUGAGAAAACAAACUAUCACCUUCGGGACAUUUCAACUGGUCUUUGUUUACCAAAACCUCGUACUAAUAACAUGAAAAAUAGUUUCAUGUACAACGGAGCUAAACUUUGGAAUUCUAUUCCAAAAGAAAUUAGGGAAAGCGAAUCACUUUCUUCCUUUCGAAAUAAAAUCGCUGCUCACAUUUAUGAAUAAUAAGUAUUGUAAAUAAUGUGCCUGUAAAUAGUCUGCCAACUUUCUCAUUAGACAUUAAUAUGUUACUAUUUUAAUACUCAUUAAUAUGUUAUUGUAUAUCUCUUAAAACUUUUGUAAAUAGCUCUAACUAUCACUUUCCUGUACAUGUAAAAAUCUUAUUCAAUUUUUUGGCACACGCCCCUCGUGGGAAUCAGCUUCGGUUGACGGGGUCAGCGUGUAUAAAUAAAAGUUCUAUCUAUCUAACUCGGCAAAGCGGGACAACUCGGCCCAUGUAAUCAGCCCCUUAAUUUGCUGUGAAAGUACAGUAUAUUUGAAAAUAUGGCUGUAUAAUAACUUCGACAUGCUUACAUAUUUAACCAUGAUAUUUAACUAAAGCGUUCUGAUUAUUUUCUCGUGAGCUCACAAAUCAUUUAAAGAAGUGUCUUUGUUUGUAAUGAAUUUCUUUAGCUUGUUCAAAACACCAAAUGGAAUUCGAAAGAUCAAAAGGAUUGGCUCUGGCGUUCAGGGAUCUUCACAUCAAAAACCAGCAAAUUUGGUUGGAGGAAGUGUGAAGUCCUUUAUCAAACGACAGUCCGUGAAAAAACUUGAUGCCAAUGUAAGUAGAAAAUAAAAAAAAAUGGAAUGUAGUCAUAAGGGACUUGUCAAAAAGUAACUGCUACGGUGGGCUGGAGGUAAAUCACAAAUUUUGCCAAUAAGUUUGGUGACCCAUCUUAGGAUGUAGAUAAAAAUUUCAAAGCCCAUCUAAUCUUAUCAAAUUUAUUUCAUGACCCACCCACCCAAUCUAAAUUGGGAAAAUACACUUUUAUAAUAAAAACUUGCAGGUUUGAAUAUUGUAAAUAUACACCGGCACUGUAUUGACAUACAUAUUCCACCAAGCUCGACCAACACAUUCAUCACCAAUUACGAUACUGAGCUGCUCUCCAGUUGGUUGUAUUUGCUGUGAUUCGACCACGCACUUGUUGUUGUUGUUGUAUAAAACAGAGUACUGGCUUCAAUAGCAUCAUUUGAUAAUUUUGAUAGUUUUGUUUACGUUUUGUGUAAUAUCUUUAUUUUUUGAAGUAGACAUCGGUUUUUGUUUGGUGACCCAACCGUGGACAUACACAAAAAUUGGCGGCCCAUCGAAACUGCCCAAAGAUUUUCCAUGGCUCAUCCCAAAUCACUCUGGCCCACCCUAGCAGUUACUUUAUGACCGGUCCCUUACCAAGUGGAAACUUAUAUUCAUUAGUUUUAAGCGCGUCUUACUACAAACAAACCAAAGAUUCUCCUCUUAACGACAUAUUGAUUCUAAACCUCUCAUUCAUAGGAAGUUGCGCGUCAAAAGAAACUGGACUUACAACGUAAAGAGGAGAAAGAUAGGGAACGAAAAGAUCAAGCUGAAUUGAGACGCAAAAACUGGGCGGAUCAACAGAAACGGUAUGGCUAGCCUAAUUCUUUCCCGCUCCGGCAACUCAGUGUGCUAUUUAAAACAUGAAUAGCAGUGUUUUAUCAGAUAUAAAGACACGAGGCGAAGCCGAGUAUCUUUAGGCCUGAUAAAACACGCACUGUGAAUGUUUUAAAUUGCUUCAAAAACGAUCGAUCUAGUAAGUUCAUUGGCGAAGUAAUUUUCAAAAAAUACGUUGUGUUAGUCCAGAAAAUCAAAGUUAAAGUUUAUGUAAAUCAAGGGAAAUCUCUAUCACGUAUAAAGAUAGGACACGCUUAUGAUUUUUCUUUGUGUUUUGCUCAUGAAUUAUUAAUGAGUUUUUGAGUGUAAUUUAUCAACCGAUUAUACUGGCUAGAGAACAACUGAUAUAUUUGGGGCUGGAAAGAUAUAAUCUGCAAGUUACGAUUUCAGUUUUUGAAAGUUAAUAAAACAGCCAAUGAAAGGAAAUUUUAAAAGAUAUGUAGACUAAAUAACUCGAAAUUUUAUAGCGCUUCUAAAUAUUUGGAAAACUUAAACUAGGAUGGUCAGUGAAAAAUCGAAAAAUCGCGCCGCGUUGUCGAAUCGCGUCCGGUGAGCCUCGGCCAUAAUUACCCUAGCUUUAAAUUGUGUGUUUUCUAUUCAACUUAUCGUGCGUGUUUUUCCGUGCAGUAAACGCGAAGAGAAACAGAAACGUGUCGCGGAAGCCAAAGCGGCGCGAGCACGCGAGGAACAAGACAAGAAAGAGCGACAGCUUGAGGACAAAAGACAAAUGGUGUAUGCGUCGGAACAAGCCCGGAAAAAGAGAGAACACGGUAAGUGUAAGGGCCUUUACAGCAUAGAUAUCUUAUAUACACUAGAUAGCGCAUCUCUUUUAGUAAAAUGGAAGCCAAGAAUAUUCCAGCGGUUACCCGGCCCCAUUUGAAUAGAUGGCGGCCAUGUUGGUCGUUCCCACUUGCUAAUAAACGCUUAAAAACAACAAUAACUUUCAUCACUUGAAUGGUUUAAAAACGUAUUUGGCAUAGGGUUAACUUCAUGUUUAAGUUCCCUGUUUAAGAUUAGGAAAUAUACGAAUCUUCUCAUUUCAUGGGAACGACCUGAGACUGCAAUCACGGCUUCAAUUUUGAAUUGCAGAAUAAUUAGAUGCACUAUCUAGUGUAUAUAAGAUAUCUAUGCUUUAACUCCUAACUUGAAGGACACCUCUGAACAAUUCCAUUUCCUCAACAAUUUGAUAAGUUCCUUAAAAAGUUCAUAGCUUCCUGUUUCAUUGACCAAUCAGAUUGCUCAAAAAUAAAAUAUAAAAUUUGAUUGGUCAAUGAAACAGGAAGUUAGGAACUUUUUAAGGAACUUAUCAAAUUGUUGAGAAUUGUCAGAGGUGUUCCUUCAAGUUAGGAAAUGAAUUGGUCAACAUUUUUCGGAACGCGUCUAUUGCACGACUGUAAAUAUCGGUCAGAGAACCGGCCGACAAAAUGUUCGAUCACUUUCAGUUUGGGUCGGACAUAUGGCCAAAAGCAGGCCAUAUAGUCUUAGAAAUGACAGGCAAAAACGAAUUUGAACUGCCAAGUAGAAAAAAAUGGCCGGUGAAAUUCCAUAGAUAUAUUUCAUUUCAUUUGCUUAGGGACCAUUCACAAAGGAUGUCCGGCCAAAUGAUGGAUUUUCAGACUCCCCCUCCCCCCCCCUUGUCCGGCAUUGUCCGAAUUAGUGACCCCCUCCCCCCGGACAUCCGCCAUGCCUCGCAAAAACUCACGCAACCUUGUAUAUAUCAAGAGUAAAAAACUUUUUACUUUUAGAACUUUUUUAUAACUGUAAAUGUGAACACAAAAACAUAUAAAUUACUAAUUAAAACAAAAUCUAGUGUUAACCGCAUAGUCAAAAUGCCAAUUUCACAAUGGGGAGGACUGCUCAAAAUAGAGGGAAAACGAAAUUUGUUUUUGAAUUUUUUUAAAUUUCGGACAUCCGGAUUGCUAAAACCCCCCCUCCCCUAUGUCCGAGUUUGUCCUGAUUUUCCAAACCCCCCCCCCCCCCCUCGGCUCGGACAUCCUUUGUGAAUGGCCCCUUACCACAACUCAUACUUUUGGAGUUGUUUUUGGGGGGUUGUUUUGGGUUUGGUUUGGGGGUUGUUUUGGGUUAUUUUGGACUUGUUUUGGGUUUGUUUUGGCCAGUACUAGAUCAUUUAGUUAACUAAAUACGUUUAUACUUGAAAUGUAAAUCCAAGUUUACCGUAGUAAAAUAAUAGUCAAGUUUAAAAAUAUUAAAUAAUAAAAAUGCAUAUCAUGAAAACACUGAUUUUUACAAUAAGAUUCCUAUGAGACAUCGCCAUUUUGGCAGUUCAAUGAAUGAAAGUUGCAAGCUAAAAUUUAUUUCACCUGCCAAAAAAUUUUUAGACUGGCAAGCCAUAUUUUUGCAGGCCAUAUUUUAGCCCUGAUGUGCGACGACUUUGAGUUCAGUUUCGCUUUGAAAUAAGAAUGAAUGCAGACACAGUUCGAUGACUGUAAAGUUUAUAAAGGUGAUAUGUAAAUCCUCUUCUUAUUUCGAAAUGUUACAUAGUUUUUAUCUCUCUUUUCUCUCAGAGGAGGAAACGAAGAAGCGAUUGCGAGAACAACGUACGAAGGAGGCGGAAGCGAGAAGAUUGAAAGAAACCGAAGAGAGAUUAAAAAGACUUCAAGAGAAAAAGGAGGAUGACAAGAUCUAUCGGGAAAUGAUGAAACGAAAACAGGUAAAGAAGAGGACGUAGAAUUUGGUAUUCACAUAAAGGAAUUCAGGGGCGGAUCUUCGGCGGAGUGCACCCCCCCCCCCUAGUGGUGUCUAGCCCCCCCCCCCCCCAUAGAAGUCCAGCACCACUCUAAGUUAAUCUGCUUGACCAUACAUUUUCUGCUUUUCGAAUAGCGAUUAGCGGAACUUCUACUGUUAGCGCGUGUCGAUUUCUUCAAGCGAUUCAAUUGAUUUGUCAGCUCACGAGAAAAUACUCAGAAUGCUUUAGAUAUAAAUUUCAUGGUUGAAUAUGUAAACAUGUCGAGGGUGUUAUACAGCCAUAUUCAAACCAGACACAGUACUAAAAUGCGGUGCCCGUCUGCAAAUAAAACUUCCAGCAUUUCCGCCUACAGUACUUGUACGUACAAGUAAAGUUAUAUUUAGCACGCUACAUUUUCCUGUCGUCCGCCAGUUGGUCCGUACGUUAGGAUCAGAACUGCGUUUUAAAGCCUUCAAAAUAAAAUAUUUUGGGCUCAAAAUACUAGCAAAAUGAAGAGAAAAGUGAGACGAAUAUACUGGUAUACGGCCGAAUAGAGAAAACCAACCAUACAGAAGUUGUUAAGGAUCAAACGUACGGGUACAUUUUAAAUUAGUUUAACAAUUUUGAGCGAUUUGUCAACGAACAAUUUCGCUUAUUAGCCAUUCCGAAGUUGACGAGAGGAUUGGGGACGAGUGUUAAAAAGUGCCCAAAUUAAGAAACGAGCCAAAUCACUAAAAAGACCACCUCAAAAUUAGUAAGUAUACAAUUGUGUUUUCACUUUUCAUUUACUUGUGACAGGAACAAGAGGAGCAAGAUCGCAAGCAGAGGAUCCAGGACGAGAAACGUGCUCACGAACAGAAACAGCGCGAGAGAGCUCGCGAGAAAGAAGAGGAGAGAGAGAGACGACUUCGAGAGAUCAAAGAGCGAGAGGCGAAGAGAUUAGAGAAGGAAGAGGCUGAGAGAAAGGAAAGGGAAGAGAAAGAAAGAAAACAGAGGUUAAUAUUGGACAGCUUUUAUUGUAUACUAAAUAUUUUUCCGCGGUUUUUGCGCACAUCAUAG